GUGUACGCGCAGGCGCCCUGCCGCAGCGCCGCUGUCGCUUCCUGUCCGAGCCCAGGCCCAGAGCCGGCGCCUCGGGGACGCGGCUUGGGAGGCGCCGAGGCGGGGACCCCGGGAGAGAAGCGGCGGCGCCUCGGAGCCUUGGGGCAGGUCCACUGUGAACAAUCUGCACUUUCCCAAGAGCAGCCGAAAAUGCGUGAGUCCCAGGAGCCAGUGUCAUUCAGGGACGUGGCCGUGGCCUUCACCCAGGAGGAGUGGCAGCAGCUGGGCCCGGAGCAGAAGACCACCUACAGGGACGUGAUGCUGGAGAACUACAGCCACCUCGUCUCCGUGGGGUACGACAGCGCCAAGCCCAGUGUGAUCGCCAGGUUGGAGCAGGGAGAGGAGCCGUGGGUGGCAGGCGGCGACUCUGCGUGCCGGCGUGGUCCAGAUUUCCUCGUCUGCGGGCAUGCAGAAGUCUGACAAAAUUUCCUCGAGACUUUC